UAGUUCUUUACCAUCUGAGGUGAUCUAACAAAACUUGCACGUAACCAUUUGAAUUAGCCAUUUUUAUCAAAUAGCGCUGUUAAAUAAUGAAGAGCACGAUUGCUUUUGAUCCCUGAAUUUCUAAGAAAUUUCCUUGGCAUUGCCAAGCAGAAGCAAAACCGCGUGCUUAUUUAUUUUCAUGUCACCAGGCUUUCUUACUCCCAGUUCAGUUGCUCCACGAAGCGGUUCUUUGGCUAUAGAAAUUUGGUUUUCUUUCUCUCUUAAACCCUGGACGGAGGCUGAUUAAUGAAGUGAAGAUCACGGGUAAAUACCAUCUCCCUCCCUCUCUUUGCACUGCAGGACAGUACUCUCCACUCUCCAGGCUGCGCUAACAUCGUCUCUCUCAAAGCACGCACCGAUCGAGUUCUUCCUCUGAUUUCUAAUUGUAAGCUGCAUGCCUGAUCUGGCAGCAACCCCUUAUUUUUUCGUGCCAUAGGCAGACAGAUUUUAAACCUCUCAUCCCGGACACAAGCUAUCAGUUAGAUAUCCUGGUCACGAGCUAGAGGAAUGGACAAUCAGACAAGACCCAAUAGUAGCGGAAGUAUAAUGAUCUCUACCUCCGAACUUCGCAGACGUGCAUUUCGGAGAAACGUAUUGGUUGAGAGUUUGUUACCCCCGCCUCCUCCUGUGCCAAAAGAUGAAAUUGCAUUAGAGGCUCAUUAUCGAUCUGAAGUGAACGUUGAGCUACCAGAAAAAAUUCCAAUGCAGGCUCAUAAUCAAUCUGAAGGAAAAGUUGAGCCAAAUUCAGGGCUGCAUAAAUGUAGUACGAGGGGGGCACCACCCAGGCACACCUCGGACCACAGGGCUCCUCAUGUGCCACCCGAUGAAAUUGGCUUGGAGGCUCAAAACCAAUCUGAAAUGAAAAUUGAGCCAAAAACGGGGCGAUAUAAAUAUAGUGAUAGGGGGGCACCACCUAGGCACACCUCGAACCACAAGGCUUCUCAUGUGCCACCCGAUGAAAUUGGCUUAGAGGCUCAGAACCGAUCUGAAGAGAAAAUUCAGCCAAAGUCGAGGCGAUAUAAACAUAAUACGGUUGGAUUCUAUAACUCUCAUUUACUCAUUGUUUCAACACCAUCUCAAUUAUGUUUAUGGAUAAAAAUUUUACAAUUCUAA